AUGAAUACAGAUAUUAACAUCUAUCUAUCUAUCUAUCUAUCUAUCUAUCUAUCUAUCUAUCUAUCUAUCUAUAAAUUUAUUUUAUAUCUUAGUAUAUCUUUCCUCUCUAUAUAUUUAAUUCUGUUCACCUCUCUCUCUCUCUCACUCAUUAUCUCUCUCACUCUCUGUGUAUAUGCAUUUAUAUAUAUUUCAUUCUGUUCAUAUCUAUAUAUCGAUAUAUCUAUUUCAUUCUGUUCAUAUCUAUCUAUCUAUCUAUCUAUCUAUCUAUCUAUCUAUCUAUCUAUCUUUCAGAGUCUGUUCCAUAUCUAUCUAUCUAUUACAGUUUGUGCAUAUCUAUCUAUCUAUCUAUCUAUCUAUCUAUCUAUCUAUCUAUCUAUCUAUCUAUCUAGCUCUUCUGUUCCUUUCUGUCUCUGUAUAUACCUAUCUAUCUAUCAGGCUGUCGGCUGUCUGUCUGACAAUCGUUUGUUAAUAUCUAUCUAUCUAUCUAUCUAUCUAUCUAUCUCGGAGUCUGUUCCCUAUCUGUCUAUCCAUCUGUCACAAUCUAUCUAUCUAUCUAUCUAUCUAUCUAUCUAUCUAUCUAUCUAUCUAUCUAUCUGUUUGCCUGUUUAUCUCUCUCAAUCUAUCUGUGUGUCUGUCUAUAUAUCUGUCUAUAUGUGUGUCUGUUUUACAAUCAACAUCUAUACUUGUGUCUGUCUAUCCAUCUAUGUAUGUGUGUAUCUAUCUGUCGCAAUCUCUCUCUCUUUCUCUCUCUAUAUUUUCUUGUUAUAA